AUGCUUCCCGGCCCCUCGGGCCUCGCGGGCCCCACGCUGCGUCGUAGCGGACCACGUGAACUGCGACGGGGGGCUUGGUGCAGUUCUACGGCUUGGCGUUCACCAGGGUUGGGGUCGACAAGGACGUGUCAGGUCUUUUCCAACACCGCAACGGUCGGCCUGGUAGCAGCCGCAGCAAGGAGCAAAUGGCGCUGGCAGACGGGGAAGGUGGUGCACCUGGAACACGUUCUGAGCCACCGGCGUUUCGACUUUCUGGUGGAACGUCGCGGCAAGGCGCUGCUGCUCAGCGCGCCGCAGCAGCCGUUUCAACGUUUGUCGUUGCUGCCUGGCGAGGGCGAGCUUGGGCUGAGUCAUGCCGUGGGCAGCGAGAGAGACUGGCCCCUCUUCUGGCAAGUUGAAAGCUGGGAGUCCAACGGCGCAUCUUGCCUUGAGAUCCGCAGUGCGCGACGCCCGGAGCUUUCUUUGGCCGUGGCGCCAAGUGGUGCGCUCCAAGUGAUACCCGCGGAAAGCGAGAACUCGGUCUUCGUUGAGGUGGUUGCUGAGGGCGUCAGCGGACCGCAGUUGGGUGUAUCGGAGUCGAGGGAUCGUGGAGGAGUUUCAAUGACUGAGCUGGAGAUCAGGAACUUUGCCAAACGCGGUGUGCUGGUGCUGCCGCAAGCAGUUCCUGCUGAGCUGUGGGAACCUGCCAGCGCUUUGGUCCACCACUAUCUGGGGCAGCCAGGGGCAAUCACCGAUGGAGGCUUCGAUUGCAUGGGGAAGUUGGAGGGCAAGAUCCUCCACCAUCCGCAGUUCCCAGCCCUGCUCUCGGACCCCAACAGCGCUGCUGGCCGUGCGGCCGCACAGCUGUUGGGGCGAAGGCGGCUGACGGAACGGGAGCUGCAGAGGUGUCAGGUGGCGCUGCGCUUUCCGGAGCUCAUGCUGUCCGGUGAAGUUCUUGGCGCGCAGCAAUUGGAGUUGGAAGAUCUGAAAUGGCACACGGAUGGCUGCCGCACGCGCCAGUGCAGCCGCCAUCCCUUCAGUUUGCUCGUGGGCGUGGCUCUCACGGACACCUUGGAUGACGUCCUCUGUGGCAAUUUGUGCGUCUGGCCCGGCUCCCACGUUCACCUGCGACGAGAGCCUGCUUUGGGCAUCUGCGACCCUUCCGCCGAUCCCGCCGCGCUGGCCGCGCAGGGCGCGCCGCUGCGGAACUACGAGGGCCUGCCCUGCGACGCAGCGCCGGCUGCGGAACCACCGGGGAGGGCCACGGCGCUGAAGCUGAGAGCGGGAGAUGCGGUGUUGCUACAUCCUCACAUGGCACAUGCGGUGGCACCGCGCUACGUUUGCAGCGGCGUGAGAGUCAUGGUCUACUUCCGGCUGGGAGCCGCGCCUGCGUUGGACGACCACGAGGAUCACGAGGACGCCGGCCGCGAGACGUGCCAAGAGGUGUUCUUCGACCUUCCUGGCCUGCAUAAGGUUCUGGGCGAGAGAACCCUUUGGUCGGACUUUCUGUCCCAAGAUGCGGGGCCAAAAAAGUGGGGCGAGCCGCGAGUCGCCUUGAGUCGGGUCGAUGAGGGCAAAUCUCAUGAAAUAUCUCCCAACCGGUGA